AUGACUUCAACUGAGUGUAGAAAGGUGGUAGCCGGUGUCCGAGGUAAGGUCACCAAUGGCAGAAAUGCUAAGACCGGUGUGAAAUCGAUGCGAAACCCCACAUGGCCGAGGGCUGCUGUGAUUUGGCGCGAACAGAAGGUGACGCCGUCGCUCCACCUGCAGAUGGUUUGUGGUGAGUUGGUUGCCGAGUGCGCCCACCGUUGCAUUGGCUAUGAACGUCCCUAA